UUGAAAGAAAUUCACACACACAAACACACAGAUAUGGUGUCCAUCUCUUCAUUGUUGAUCAAGCUCUUGGUAAUACAGAGCCUAAUAGUUGUGUGCAUUGCACAAGAUUUUGAUUUCUUCUACUUUGUUCAACAGUGGCCAGGAUCAUACUGUGACACAAAGCAAAGUUGUUGCUAUCCAAAGACAGGAAAGCCUGCAGCAGAUUUCGGUAUUCAUGGACUUUGGCCCAAUUAUAAUGACGGUUCUUACCCGUCAAACUGUGAUCCAAACAGUCCUUAUGAUCAAUCCAAGAUUUCUGACUUGAUUAGCAGAAUGCAAACGGAUUGGCCAACACUGGCUUGCCCAAGUGGCACUGGCUCUUCAUUUUGGUCACACGAAUGGGAAAAACAUGGAACUUGCUCGGAGUCUGUCCUUAAUCAACAUGGAUACUUCAAAUCAACCCUGGACCUAAAGAAUAAAAUCGACCUACUCCAAAUUCUUCAAGAUGCAGGGAUUCAACCAGAUGGGGGAUUUUAUAGCUUAAACAGCAUAAAAAAUGCUCUAAAAGGAGGAAUUGGGCACACACCUGGAAUAGAAUGCAAUGUAGAUGCAUCUGGUAACACCCAACUUUACCAGAUAUAUAUUUGUGUGGACACUUCUGGAUCAAACAUUAUAGAGUGCCCAGUGCUACCUAAUGGGAAGUGUACUUCAAAUGUUGAGUUCCCUUCUUUCUAGAGACAUGUAUCAUAGGACUAGAGGGAUGUCUCUCCAUCAUUUGUUGAUCAAUAAUGAGAUUUUAAUCCUCAGUGUCACAUUUCAAUUUACUUGUAGAAAGAUAAUUUCUUUGUAAUGCAAAAUAUGACAAAGUGUGCAAUAUGGUAGAAGAGGUUAUUUGGCUUCACCAAAAGACUUGUCAGAUUCUAAACAAUGUUUGACAUCUAUAUCCCUUGGCAAGACUUUGUUGUAGUGGAACUAACAAUGGGGCAUUGUUUGUUUGGAUGUAAAAUAUUUAAAUAUAUAUAUAUAUAUAUAUAUAUUAUAUUAUAUAUUUUAAUUUUUUA